CGGCGCGCGUCCUCCCCGCUUCCGCCGCCCAGGCCUACUGCAGCCGGACGCGGCCGGGUCGAGCGGUCCUCGGCGCCAUGUCGCAGACGGGGGUCCCCGGGCUGCCGGACGAGAACCUCCAGGGCUCCUGGGUAGAAUUGCACUUUAGCAAUGGGAACGGCAGCAGUGUUCCAGCCUCCGUUUCUAUUUAUAAUGGUGACAUGGAAAAAAUACUGCUGGAUGCUCAGCAUGAGUCUGGACGGAGUAGCUCCAAGAGUUCCCACUGUGACAGCCCUCCUCGCUCACAGACACCACAAGAUACUAACAGAGCCUCUGAAAUAGACACACACAGCAUUGGAGAAAAAAACAGCUCUCAGUCUGAGGAAGAUUAUAUUGAGAGAAGGAAAGAAGUUGAAAACAUCUUGAAGAAAAAUUCAGACUGGAUUUGGGAUUGGUCAAGCCGGCCAGAAAAUAUCCCCCCCAAGGAGUUCCUUUUUAAACACCCGAAGCGCACAGCCACUCUCAGCAUGAGAAACACAAGUGUCAUGAAGAAGGGGGGCAUCUUCUCAGCAGAAUUUCUGAAGGUUUUUCUGCCGUCUCUGCUGCUCUCUCAUCUGCUGGCCAUUGGAUUGGGGGUCUACAUCGGAAGGCGUCUGACACCCUCCACCAGCACUGUUUGAUGACAGGAUCCAGUGUGCUCGCGUAGCAGGGCUUCUGGAGCUUGUGGACUGCUACUGAAGAGCUCCUGGACCGCUGGGGCGGCAGCACGGCUUGUGAUCACCUGGUCUGCAAAUGCCGCACUCCUGAUUUAGUAAGGUGAUAGACACUGAAGUCAGGGCCUGUAAUUAACUGAUGGGAUCAGGGAUCAAUUAAUAGCAUGUCAGACAGACCUACUAUAAGCAUUUCGUAGUAAAUUUUCUUUGAGUAUUAGAUAUAAAUAGUAUAAAUAAUCUUAUAUAACAGUGAUGAUGUACGUAUUUAAAAAUGAUCUGUAAGUAAUAUUCAUUCAGUUAACUCUUUACCCUUCCAAAGAAGAGUAGCAUUAAUAUGACCUUAAGAGGUUUGUUCAAAAGGAAUAUUGUGGCCUUAUAAUCACGUGACACAGUAGAAAAUAUUACCUGUUUAAAUGGGCACAGGUCUUAAGCAACUAAAUGAAUUGUUAACUUGUAAGCAGAAACCGAGGCCCAACUGUGAACUCACUGUAUGGUCCCCACACUGUAGCUUUUGCUUUGCAGAAUGUGGACUGCAGUCUGCCUGUCUGUCACCUCGGGCAGUCAGCUUUGCGUGACUGGCACUGUCUUCUUGUCUUCAUCAUUUGGAGGGCUGGGUCACAUCUCAUUGUCUAUGCUCAACUCUUGUGUGCUCUUAAAUCAGCUUUAUUGUAAGCACAUCUAUGCCUACUUUAGAAGACUGGAAAUAGAAAAAAUAAACCUUUGCCAAAUCCUUUGCAGAUUGCUGAAUUUACAGAGGAGUUAAAACCAUGUAUCCAGAGCUUCUUUGAAACUAGACCACUCCCCUGGGUCUUGUAUUCUCUUCCAUAGCAUGACAUUUUUAAAGACUGCCUCUUUGAUAUGCUGUAUAUAUACCGUUGUAUUUGUUCCACUUUUCCACACUUAGUUCAAGUGUACUAAAAUAAAUGGAACAUUUUAACUGUUAAA